AUGGCCGACUUGCGAAGCUCCAGUGACGAUGAUGGCCGGCCGCCAAAACACCCGCAAGAAGGGCCUAUUAGCAUGAUCUCCGACGAUCCAAGACCUUCAGAGCUAGAAGCCGAGACGGUCGCCCCGGAGAACGGCUCAGACGGCAAACAAAGCGGCGAAGGUCAUGACAUCGACCCGACCGAGCAAGGACCUCCAACAACUGCUCCCGUCACAGAGGAACAAACCAAGCCAGCCGUCGACCCAACAGUUGCAAAGCACGUCAACGAUGUCAUGACUUCAGAACUGGGCAUCCCAACCCUGUUGAACCGCCUCAAGCAAAGCUUAGCUUCGGCCAAGGAGUUUGCUUUAUUCCUCAAAAAGCGUUCCGUACUCGAAGACGACCAUGCGCAAAGCCUUCGAAAGCUGUGUCGAUUAACCCAGGACAAUGCGCGCCGACCCGAACAUCGCCAGGGCACCUUUUCCAAGUCCUACGACGAGAUGGUCUUUAUACACGAUCGCAUGGCCGAGAAUGGAUCCCAGUUUGCUGCUUCGCUCCACCAGAUGCACGAGGACCUGUUGGAAUUGAUUGCGAAUGGCGAACGGGGACGCAAGACGUGGAAGGCGAACGGUCUGGCUGCCGAGCAAAAGGUAGCCGACUUGGAGCAGGUGAUGCGCAAGAGCAAGGCCAAAUAUGAUUCCCUGGCCGAAGAAUAUGAUCGUGCGAGGACGGGCGAGGCAAGACAAGGCGGCAAGGUUCUUGGCGCAUUCAAGGCGCAUAAGUCUGCCGCACAACAGGAGGAGGAUUUGCUGAGAAAAGUUCAGACGGCAGACCAAACAUAUUCAGGUCAUGUGCAGUCACUACAGACUGAAAAGGCUCAUCUUGAGAAGUCUGCUCGGCCGGAGGCUGUCAAGGCGCUGCAUGAACUCAUCUCUGAGACUGACUCAGCGGUCGCUCUGCAAAUGCAAAAGUUUGCCGCAUUUAACGAGAAGCUCCUCCUCGGGAACGGUUUAAUCGUCAGCCCGUUCAAGACUCAAGGUGCCGAAGGAGCUGGUCAGCCGCGAAGUUUGCGCCAGGCUGUUGCUGCCAUUGACAAUGAAAAGGACCUCAACGACUUUGUUGCUAGUCAGCACGCCAGAAUCCAGCCCUACACCGAAGUAAAAUAUGAACGCAACCCGAUUUUGAACCCCCCUGCCUCCUCCGUCAGCCAACCCCCACCUCAAACUAUGCAUACCGCCCAAACAGUUGGGACUUCUGGUCCUCCUCCUCCCGAAGGUCCCAAUUCCUUCGGCAUGAGCUCAAGAAGCAGCACCGGCAACUUUGGUCCCAUGGGAAGCACGAUUUCGUCGCAAGGCCCCUCGGGGUCGCAGGGUGGCAUGCCCGAAGCUAAUCGACCCUAUGGUCAAUCUCACAACCGCAGCUUCAGCCAAGGCAACAUGUUGAGCCAGCAGGCACCACCUUCACAACAGCAAUUCUCAAGCAGAAACUCUGCUCAACCAGCGCCCAGGUACGGCAACACCAUGGGCUCACAAGGACCACCUCAACUUGGUGCUUUGCCCUUCCAAGGCUCGCAACCGCCGCCACAGUCUUCAACUCCUCCUCAAGGAGCUCCAUUCCAACCUCCAAAUGAUCCUCGUGCCGGUGGCCCAACAUACGGCGGCGCUCCGCCCCCAGCCUAUGCUCCCGCGCCGAGAAACAACACAGCCGCGCCGUCGAAGCCCGUCUACGGCGUGUCCCUGAACCGCCUGUAUGAAAGAGACGGUCUGGCCGUGCCAAUGGUGGUCUACCAGUGUAUCCAGGCCGUGGAUCUAUUCGGACUAGGCGUCGAAGGCAUCUACAGACAAUCAGGCUCACUGAACCACAUCAACAAGCUCAAGGGCAUGUUUGACGCAGACUCUUCCAACCCCGCCCUGGACUUCAGAAACCCCGAAAACUUCUACCACGACGUAAACAGUGUCACCGGCCUCCUGAAGCAGUUCUUCCGUGAUCUUCCUGAUCCCCUACUCACAGCAGAGCAUCACGAUGCGUUUGUCAGCGCAGCUAAACACGAAGACGACACUGUGCGCCGCGACUCCCUCCACGCCAUCAUCAAUGCCCUCCCUGACCCCAACUACGCUACUCUCCGCGCCAUAACGCUCCACCUGUACCGCGUCAUGGACAAUUCCCACGUCAACAGGAUGAACUCGCACAACCUUGCUGUCAUUUUCGGCCCAACCCUCAUGGGAUCCGACCCUAGCACUGCCAUCGCUGACGCGGGAUGGCAGAUUAAAGUCAUUGAUACCAUUUUACAGAAUACGUAUCAAAUCUUUGAUGAGGAUUAA